AUGCCUUCUCUCCCAGCUUUCCUGUCUCGUUCGGUGCCAGCAUCUAGUGGCAGUAGCGGUGGGCAUAUCACUAACGCCCCUGCAAUUCCAAGUACCCGCCUCGGUCCUGCCACCGAUCUGCUCGAGACAGAACUACUCAGAAUGUACUGGGAAGGAGUAGAGCGCGAACUUCCUUAUUUACUGUUAACAUUCAGGCGCUGGCAAUCACGUCAAGACACAUCAGAAUACAACCCUGAUGAGAAUGAUAUUCAUAUCCAUGGCUAUGAUACGUUUCUCGAUUCCGUAUCCGAUAUUUCUCGCCAAUUCCAUGAACGCAAUAAGAGAAACCAACGAUCGAAACGUCCAGAGAAGAAAGCGAAAAAAGACACGAAAGCGCCACCUUCAUACGAUGAAGUUCUACGAGGUCGUGGCUGGGAUAUUUUGGCCGAUAUCGAAAGUCAGACCAUCAAAGGCGCGAUCAGAACCUCCCUAAGCGAACGCAAAGUACUGGACCCAGCGAGACGAAGAGCUCGGAUGCUUCUUCAAUCAGCGCAAUUUCUCGACAUCGACAAGAUUAUUGAGCAUCGCGAACCUGAAAAAGCACUAUCGUUUUGGAAAAGACCUGCCUCCGCUCAAAUACGGCUUUGGUCAUAUGACGCUCUAGACCAGCCUGUUUUCGUCCCACAGCUCUGCUCUGAAUGUAAGGCGACCAUUCGGGGCUGCACAUUUCAGGACACCAGCGACGAAAGUAUUGCUAUAUGCGAAAGCUGUUACCGAGCGACACAUUAUGGACAGACGCGUUUUGUUAAGAAGUACAAAGAAUGCUGUCUUCCAACGGCCUUGACGCCAGAGAUCAGUCGAAAGUUGUGUUAUUGCAGUACAGUUCGUCGACGCGAUCAAGAUGGACGCUCCCGGUCGCUAUGGCCAAUUGAUCCUGCGCUUGACCAAGGUCAUCACGUCAAAGGCGGUCUUGGUCGUGUAGGAUGUGGGCUGUAUACAGUCACCGACCUCUUUGCAGAGGCAAAGUAUGCCUCUACAAGAUCAAAAUUCAGCAAAAAUGACAGUUUGCUUCAGUUACGGAAGAAGGAUCCUAUCGGAGGCGAGCCGAGACCUGCUGCAGCAACCAGGAAGCAACCGAGUCGAUUGGGACAUCUCAACGAGACUUCACUACCGGAAUACGGCUAUUCUUAUGGGUUCAGUACUGAUGAGCCUGAGGACAUUCCCAUGUACUUGCGGUCGACAAUUGAGAAGUAUCCGUAUGGGAAUGUUCACAUGGCUCUUCGUUUUGGCCCUCUGAUCAUUGAGAAUGGCGUCGCAAACACCAUGGGUGGUGUCCUCAUCACCAGCCGAGAUCCGCCUUCAUUACAGGUCAUCCGUGAUCCGUCAGAAGACAUCACCAAGUCUCUUCUUCUCGCAGGCCAGACAGAUCGCAUACUCUAUAUGCAGGAUAGACCGAGACACCCAAAGCGAUACAAAGCCUUUAUGAAGCAAGUCGUCGGUGGCGCCUUUUGUGACUUCUUCGAGUCUGGCAUUGAAGAUGAGCUUAUUGACGCCUUCAUACAUGAAUCUAAUUGUCUGACCGAGGACGGAUUGACUUUUGCAGAGCAAGAAGCUAUGAUUGAACAGAGUACCAAACGUCUACUUCUACACGUCAAAGAGUACCUCGCAUCGAGGGUGCAGGUGUACAUCUCGAGCAUCACCGCUCAUCUUCUAGAUCCAGAGGUUCGACUCAAAUGGCAUUAUCACGAGAACAAUUGCCAGGCAUUCUGUGACAGAUUGAUUGACCGCGGCUUGUUCAGUCCCCUGUUCGCCUCCAAGGCAGCGGCUAGUCAACCAAUGCCAUUGUACUUGAUGAGCUUUGUCUGUCGAUCCGGGUCAAAUGUUCCUACACGGGCAUUCUCUAAAUACGACGUUCCAAAUGGUCUUACAGAAGAAUAUCUGCUCAAGUUCCGCUAUGGACGCCACGAUGACUCUGAUAUUGUGGAUACACUGGCCGAAUAUUGGACGGACUGGGGCAGUUUUGAAGGGCCCAUCUACCCAUACCAAGAUGUCUUUCCAUGGGAUUGUACAGAAGCAUAUGAUCGUUAUCCCGGAAACUGUGGCGAUUGCAACAUUUCGAAACAUGUUCUUGCAUUCCCGUUUGACUCUUGGUCCAUCGUGUCUCUGCAUCUAGCCCGGGGUCGGCAACUGUAUCCUCCCAGUGCACAACCUGCCAUGAGCAAGUCGACUGGGAAGCGGGCGAACCCAGGCGUAAUGACAGACACCGAUUGGUUCAAGAAUCGCAUCACCGUACUACUCGGUCAAGACGUCCUCCUAACAGCUGCAGUCGCUAUGGCAAACUGCAGCCAAUUCCAAGCCGCAACAACAUGGCUCACCAACCACGAGGACGAAACCAUGGAUAGACUCAAGCUCGGAGGCAUUCAUCGCGCACAACCUUUUAGUCACCAUUUUGAGAAAGGCGCUUACCAUCAAUACUUUGUCGCUGACUGGGCCUUCCUCGCUCAGCCGUUACGAGUCUUGGAGUAUGAGAAGUUCAGGGAUUGGAGAGCAACUAAGAUCGAUGUUGGUGCAAACACGGCGGAUGAUGGUAGCGGAGGAGGAGGAUGCGCCUCAGGUCCUUUCGCUUGUGGUGCGGUAGCAGCAGGAUGUGCAGUAGGAUCACCAGGCAUGGCUGGGGAUACUUGUGGAAGUGGAUGCGUAUCAAGUUGUGGUGGUGGCGGCGAUGGAGAUGGAGGAUGUGGUGGUUGCGGAGGGUGA